CAGAAGAGAGUAAAGAAAGAGAGCAGAGAGAGAGAUGGCGGGUGCGUUUUGGGGGACGCGAGUGAUGGAGAUAGUGAAGAAGCACGACUCCGGCGGUUUGGUUUGGAAGAGAAUAAAGCUGACCACCACCCGCAAAGCCAACGCCAAGAAGCGCCUCCUCCGUGUUUGGCAGAAUGAGGCUGUCCUGAAGGCAUGUGCCGAACCACCUCCUUCAAAAUCGUCAGGGGCUGAUGCUAGUGAAGUUGUGAGAAAGACAACUGAAUAGUAGGAAAUGAGUAAGAGUGCUAGGCAAACUUGAAUGCAUUAGUUUUUUCAUUAUUGGCCUUAAUGCCUAUAUGUAUGCACUGCUCGUUAUAAGCUUUAACUGAAUGUCAUCUUGAACCUGCAUUUUGAUCUUUCUCUAUUUAAAAGCAUCUGUAUGGCAUGUUUGUAGUCUUUGGAUCAUGUGUAACGUAGAUAACUCUGAUAAAUUUUGAUAGUAAUAAGUUUAUUCUGAUAUUUCUUGCUGCCAA